AUUCUUAAAAGAUGAACCCGAAUAAACUGUAGAUGACCCCAAUCAUUGAGAUUAUAUAAGAACAUUCUCUUAACAAAAAAAAAAGUAGAAGAAGGUGCGAUUCUAGAAUGGCGACUUUGUCGAGAUACUUCAAUGAAAAUGUAGAACUAGUGGCAAAUAUGUAUCCCAGAUGCUAUGAAGAAUGUCAUGACGUUAGAAUCGUCAGUGUCAGUGAAGUAUUUCUCGAACAAGUUCACAAAAGAACCUCUAGGAGUUUUAAUAUUCCGCACUGGCUGUUAGUUAUCGACCACAACAAUCUUGAGGAAACCAACUUUUUGGGAUUCAGUCGGAAUGAAGUUCUAAUAUCCGAAACAUAUGCUGACACCAUGCAAAAAAUCAUCGAUGAUAUGCAGAAAGGGUUAAGAAACUUCAAAAUUAGUCAUUGCUCCAAAGAGGAGGAAUGUUUCAAUGGAUUUCCGAGCAGGGACGUCAAAAGGGCACAAUUAUAUCGACAAAAAGUUAAAAGAACCUGGUAUAUCAUGAGUUAUAAAAUAUUCAAAAGAAUAAGUUUGAGUGUUAUUAAAAAUAUCAAUAGAAGGAGGUUCAGCAAAGAAACCAAGAAGAACAAGUCACCAGUUGUGCCAGCCUCGUCUUCAAAUGAAUGUAUCAUAAACAGGCAGAAAGGUAGUUUAAUCACCAAAGAAGAUCACAAAAUAACUGAAAAGUUGUCCUUGAAAAAAAGCAAAUACUUUAACCACCACAGAUUUCUGAAUAACAACAUAGAGUUUUCAGUUGAUAGAGGAUACCGUGCAUCCAGAACAGAACAGGGGCAUAACAACAUCGUGGAGUGUAGAUUGAAGGCUGAGAAUUCAAUUUGCAAAUCUGAGAUUGAAGAGGAAAUAUUUCUAGACGUUCCUCUUCAUCUGGAAUUUAAAAAAAAUGUUCAACCCAAAUUUGGGCCAGUAGAUUACGAAUAUGAAUAUUUCAGAAUCCUAGACCAUGAAAGCGAGCAUAUCAGUGAAUUCAGAUCGAAAUUCAGGCUCCAUCACCUAUGGAUUCCUCCAAGAUCUCCUCAUAAUUUGAUAGAAGAACGUCUCUACCAUGAUCCUUGGGCACUACUGACUGCCACAAUAUUUCUAAACAGAACCUCUUGCACGGUUGCCAGACCCUUUGUGUUUUGGUUCUUAACGGAAAAUCCAGGCCCUCUCAAGGUUCUGGACCAGUUCCCGAAAGACUUGGAGAAGUAUUUCUGUGACUUGGGCUUACAUAGUACUCGUGCAGUACAAGUCUACCGCAUGUCCUAUGAUUUUUUAUUCAAGAACUGGAAGAAUGCCAGUGAGUUGUAUGGGAUUGGAAAUUAUGGUGAGAACGCGUUUAGAAUGUUCUGUUUGGGAGAUUUCAGUGUUGAACCGAAGGAUAGGUUUUUGAAAAUAUACAAGGCUUGGUACUUGAAGCUAUAUUUGAAAAGUGAACCUAGUUGAAGUUUGCUUCAUGAGGGGGCGAUGCCCAGAUUUCAACAGGAUUUUUAUUUUUAGUGAUGUUCAAGAUGAGUCUGCAAUCCUGCUAUAUUUUUUUAUAGUUAUUUCCGAUGUGAUAAAUAUAUUUUUAUACCAUGGCAAA